AUGCACACGGGAACUAUCUUCGUCCUAACUGGCCUCGCCAGCUCAGCUGCUGCUGCAACUGUCCAUGGCGCUCUGGUCUUCACCCGCCAUGGCGAUCGCACCACCAAGUGGUACAAAGCCCAGGCUCUCACAAGUCUUGGUGCCGAGCAAAAUCGCCAAGUUGGCGGCGGAUACCGUGAACGGUACUUGUCCUCAUCCUCACCAGACCGGAUCCUCGGCAUCUCCCAGGACAAAUAUGUCUCUUCACAAGUCUUUGCCACCGCUCCCGACCAGGGCAUCCUCAUGAACACGGCCACGGCCUUCCUCCAAGGCUUUUAUCCUCCACUGGGAGAUAUUGCGCCUGAGAUAGCCUCCCAAACCCUCAACAAUGGCACCAACAGCACCGCUCCCCUCGACGGCUACCAGUACGUUAUUCUCCACGGCAUCAACGACAACUCCCCCGACACCAUCUGGAUCAAGGGCGAUGACGAGUGUCCCGCAUACACCAAUUCGUCCAAGAAAUUCACCAAGAGCACGGAAUUCCGUCAGCGAGACACCUCCACCCGUGACUUCUACGCCGGCUUCUACGACGUCCUGUCCAGCGGCGUGUACAACCUCAAGAAAGAGGAUAUGACCUACGCACACGCCUUUGACAUCUUUGACCUCGUAAACGUAGCGCGCAUCCACAAUGCCACAUCACCGGCACGCAACGUCUCUGACACAAAUCUCGACCAACUUCGCACUCUCGCCGACUCUGCCGAACUGGGCCUCAACUACAACGCCUCAGAAACCAUUCGAUCCGUCGGUGCGCAGACCCUUUCCGGCGUCGUGUUGCGACAACUCAACACCACGGUGUCGUCACGCGGCAAGGCUCCCAAGUUCUCCCUCCUGGCAGGUAGCUAUGACACGUUUUUGGCAUUCUUUGGUCUCACCGGCCUGCUUGACGUAUCGCCCGACUUUCACGGCCUGCCCGAAUACGCAUCCAGCAUGGCGUUUGAGCUGUUCACCGAAGACAACGCAGACAUGUUCCCUUCGAGCGUCGACUCCAACCUCCGUGUGCGGUGGCUGUUUCGCAACGGCACAGCAGGAAACUUGACGGGCUUUCCGCUCUUUGGAUCGGGGGAAAUGUCGCUCCCGUGGCCGCGGUUCGUGAGCGAGAUGCAGAAGCGGGCUAUAGUGGAUGUGGGCGACUGGUGCACGAAAUGCUCUUCAAAAGCUGACUUUUGCGCUGCUUACGGAGACAAUGUCGGUGCCAAGGACAAUGAGAAGAGUGACGGGGGCAGCAGUGGUGGAAUGUCGAACGCUGUGGCCGGCGUGGUUGGUGCCAUGGUGACGCUGGGUGUGGUGGCUAUUGUCGGUGCUGUUGCUUUCGUCUUGCUCAGGAGAAAGACAGCUGCGAAAACGUCCGCCGACAAGACUAGCGUGCGAAGUGGGAGCACCGAUGAGAGGGAGAAUAAGGUGUAA